AUGGCCGGCCAAAAAGUGACCAACCUAAUUUGCUUAGUGGCUAUCGCACUGACCACAACCGUCAAACUGACCAGUGCUGUCACUUGUUACAAUUGCAACUUUUGUAAUGUUGUGGACAACAAAACGGAAACCACUAAUUGUUCAACUUCUUGUAAGACAUACAGUGUCGCCGUAUUUGACAGAAACAUAACAUGGAGAGGAUGCAGUGAUAAUGUCUACAACGAAUCUGCCCCUUGCGAUAUGAAAUUUAUUUUUGCCAACUAUGAAAACGUCCAGAGAUGCCUCUGUAACACAAAUCUCUGCAACAGUAUGUUCUACUCAGCUGGCCCUGCUAUCAAGUUUUCAUUCAUUCUUGCAGUUUUUGGCCUACUCGGUGCAUUCGUCUUGAAAGUUGUUUAA